AUGACUAUCACACCGACUUUAGGUGACAAUCCUGGUUUAGGAGUGAGUUGGAGUGUAGCGAGCUCUAGUGAAAAUGACUACGAAAUCGAUGUUGAUGCAUGGAUUAAUGGAAAUGAGAACAAGAGAAAAACUUUUAUCCUUGGUAGGUGGACUCAAUCUGUACCAGUAGGGAACAACUCCUCCAUAUCCAAGCCUGGAGAAGCCAAUUCUCAAUCUGCAAGGUCGCCUGAAUUCACAGUUUCUCCACUAGCUUCCACCGGCUUUGGUGAGGAUUCAUCUGCUACGUCACCUGGGUAUAUCACCCCCUCCUAUACGAGGGCCAAUGGAGGCAGCAGGAAGACAGCUGUUUUUAAGCCAGUUUUAAACGCUAGCAACCCCGCAAGUUCACCAUCAAGUUCAAGUACAUUGUCAUCAGAUCCCACUGCUGCAGCGGCUCUUUCUAUUAGAAAGCAUGAGCAUCAUAAACAUCAGCAAAACAUAGAAGGUCACGAUGACCUGUCUAGCGAGUGUCUCGAUCUUAGCUGGUCUUUAUCGACCAGAUCAGCAUCCUCAUCCACCAGCUUGUCGGCAGAUCGCUGCAGCUCUCAAACGCACGCCCAUACAUCACCUAUCCAAACGCGUCGAGGUGCAGCACCACAACAAUCAUGGCACGGCGGAACUGCAGACAACAACAAAAAAAACAACUCUAACGGCUGUGAACAACCUGUAAACGCUGGCGGCAGAAGCAGUUCAGACUUUUUUUCAAAACAAACUCCCUUUUCACAGCAGACAGGUUUUGAUCUCAAUCCUUCUGUUAAUGCUUUUCUUGGUCGACCAGAGCGUGUGAAAUCUGGUUCCGACUCUUUUUCUUCUUAUUCGCCCGUUUCUAAAGAAUUUAGUUUUUCUCAUAAUCCCAGUUCUAUUUAUAGUGGUUUUCGAACCGCGGCGUCAAUUCUAACUGCUGCCACUGCUAUUGGGUCGAAUCCUUCUAGUCCAACUAGUGAUCAGGCUAUAACCUCAACUGUCGAGCCUGGUGUUUCAAAGGUAAAUAGUCUAUCUCGGCGUCGAAUUCAUAAAAAUUCCAGGGCUAUUUCUUUUAAUUACCACGUGUCUGGAAAGUCUUCGGGUGCCUCUGUAAAGUCACGUUCUCUUUCUCAACCAACUGAAGAGAUUCAAUUUGGUAGUCUCGAUCCACUCGCUACCUCGUCUGACUCAGGUUCGUUUGCGUAUUUUUCACACGUUACUUCUCCCGUUUCAGUUCCACUAGGUUCGUUCUCUACAGGCGCUGUGUCUAGUUCUGAUCUGGAUUGUGUAAAUUCCCGUUCGCUUCAGUCUUACAUAUCUACAAGUCGUUCUAAAUCUGCAAAAUCAAACUCUCAUUCGAGUUCACCUUCACGCAAGUUUUUUUCAUUGUUGUCAGAUUCAAUCAUGUCUUCAUCAUUGGAUACCAAAGCCAGUGGCCCCAAAAAGCUCAUGAUGGGUAUUGGAAAUAGAAUAGCAUCUGCAAGAAAGGUGUCUGCUGCAGCUCCCAAAGAUGUCGACGAGAUUCCCUCAGAGUUCGAUUAUUCUGUUUCUUCUGCUAGCAUUCCUCCUGUACCUUCAUUACCUGAUAUACCUGGUAUUCCAUCCAACUCAACCCAAGAAUCGAAUACUGACUUAUUCAACGAUAACUUGUUUGGCUUUGAUUUUGCCAACUCUUCUGCAUCCCCCAACCGUCGCUCUACAAACUUGGACAACUUUCAGCCCCCACGCAUCAAUACUAGUAACUAUUAUCAGGAGAGCAUUUAUGACGAUCAAUCGCUCAAUGUCCCUUCGUCGCCUAAUAGUAUCCAGCCCAGUCCUGUAUUAAAUGGUGGAAAUGAUUUCGAUUCAAAUUCAUCGUCAGGUUUGUUCAAUAGGGAUGCCUCAGACAUUGGAGACGUGAAAUCCGAUGCCAAUGUUGGUCCUAGAUCUGUUAGCGGUUCGAGAUCUCAUCACUUGGGUCCUACUAUUCGAUCGGUAACUAAUCAAGUAACCGGGUCAGGACCUAGUUCUGGUUCUGGAUCUACGUCGUCAGUGUCGACUACAGCGACCUCUUUUGAUGAGCACGAUUAUAAUAAAGCUCAGUCCAGUCGGAAACGUGCAAGUCUCAGUAGAGAUCGAAGUAGCAUCUCGGGUCUUGGUCUGAUCUCUGAUGUACCUCUUGAGUCGUCAUCUCCUCCAAAAGAGUCCCAAGGUUCUAUCCUUAGAAUGAAAAAAAUGUUCAACUCCUAUACUGCUGUUGACCAAUCUGCUGCAUCUUCUAAUAGGCUCUCAUACAAUUCUGACGUUGCUGUUACCCCUUCAUCAAACGAUGUUUCGCCCCGUGUUAACCGUCGCCUUUCUGAUAGGUCAAUUGCCACUCCUGGAAAAGACCGAAAGUUACCUUCUAAAUCGUCGUCUAUGACAUUUUCCAAGAAGCUUGUAUUUAGCAAUAUUGAUGAAGUUGCUGAUAAAGAUGCCUCUCUGGCAGAAUCAGCAUCCCGCCAACAACUGCAGUCGCCAAUUAAUGAAAGACAAUCAUCUGGUAGGAACGAUACGUCAAAAUACGGACCGUCGCCUGCAGAAGAAGCCGACUCGUCUGAUUCUGAUUUUGAACAGGAGACUUUGCUACCAUUCUCGACUUCGCCAUCCAACACAGGCUACGCUGGUCACACCAAGGUUAUGCCUAGUCAUUCUGGCAAAGUUAUGACCAAAUCACAAUUUGACCAUUACCGAAAAUCAAUUGUUGGCUUGUCGGAUUUGGUAAAUAAUUCAGACCAUGGUGAAGGUUAUGACAACGAUGACGACAUUGGUGAUGAUGACGAAGAUGAAGACCAAGGGCGGCUUCGACUGAAGCACUUGGAUGACGAUCCUGAGAACAAAAAGGAGAGCUUACGAAUGAGACUCAAGCAAGAUGCCCAUUUGUCCGUUUACAGGCAAAAAAUGACUAAGAUAACUGCAUCACACUCCAGUGCUGCGUUAAGCUCGUUCCAAACGCCCGGCUCACGUCUUGGUAGUUCGAGUAACCUUUCUGCAAUGGCAAUAAACCCAACUUCUUAUGUUGGGGACAUGAAUGAUGACGAUGAGGAUUUAGACGAUGAUGAGUACGACGAUGUUCCGUUGGGUAUUCUCAAGGCCCAUGGUUUCCCCUCUGGUCCCCAAAGACCUUUGAAGCAUAUGCCGUCUCAGCAGAGUCUAAGCAAUUUGCCGUUACCAAGUGUACUUUACCAAGGUGAAGUGGGCCCUGGUUCGGGGGGACGCAGUGAUGUUGUUUCGUUGAACUCUGGAUAUUCUGGUCAUUCUGGAAUUGUUCCUCCACCCAUAUCAAUGCCUCCUGAAGGUGAACUGCUAGUGAAGCCAGCUUUUACCAACGACAUAUUUGGUAAUUCUACCACUCAUAUGAACAGGGGUCUUAUUGGCGAAAUUGCCCGUGAGGAAGAAGCGAAAAUGAAGAGAAGGUCCUAUGGAAACCUUUUAUCAGCCCAACGUGCUCAAACACUUAUGGGAUCUCCUGUUGGUUAUGCGGGCUCGCUCUACAAUGGCUAUAGUAGUGCAAGUCCUCCGCCAAAUAAUGCAACUGCGAAUAAAAAUGGUAAUGAAAUACAACAACAACUUCAGCAGAUGAUGCAAAUGCAGAUGCAAAUGCUACAACAAAUUCAAGGUGGCAACCAAGGCCCCACAAUUCCUGCCCAGCGUAAGACGGUUAGCAGCUUUGACAUGGUUCGUCAAUCUGGAGCACCAUUUUCUCCUCGUCCUCCUUCUCUUAGAUCAGUAGCCAUGUCGGACAGAUCUUUAGAUCUUACAAAGAGCCCUUAUAUGCGUAGUACGUUCUCACAGGGUCGAUUCUCGCCUGCUCCUCAAUUAGGUGUUCGUCCUCCGUCUGGUAUGAACAUGGUUUCGAACUCUGCAGCUGUCGAUGAUGAAGAUGAGGAGGAGGAUGAUGAAGGCUGGAAGGAAAUGCUGGAGAAGCGUCGCCAAUUAAAGGAGUUAUGGAAACAACAAACAUCGGUGCAUCUAGUUUCUUAA